CCUCUACAUCUGCAUCUUUAAAAAUAGCCCAUCAUUUCUAUUCAGCCGCUGCUAAAUGUUAAUGUAUUGUAUAGCUUGAGGUACAAAAUGAAUUCGCAGUGUUUGGCUUAGCAAAAAGAGGACAGUAUUGUGAGACCUUAUCUUUUUGUUUCCAUCCCUUCCUUGUCCUACAUUCCUUACAAAAAGAGAUACUCCUGUUGAGGAAACGUGUUUGGUAGCAUGAUGUUCAUACUGUGACAAGGCCAUCCAGACAAGCCCCAGCUGCACAGAGGCAAACCUCCCCUGUGAAAGAGCUCAACACUGGCAUCUCUGUCACCUCCACAGAGGCUGACAAGUGGAGUAAGACCGAUUUACUGAGCCAAUAUUAGUCUUCAUGUCAUGCUCAAAUAAUAUGACAACAAACCAAAAUAUGUUGAAAGCAAAAAACACCUUUAUUUUCAGCAGAUCUAGGCCUCAAUAAACAGCAAUUUCAUCAUAAAUUGCAAAGUGUUUAGGAUGUAAUUUGUAAAAACAACAACAAAAAAAACACUUAAAAUAACGAAAAUAUCUCUUGUCUUGCAAAAAUUAAUAUACAUGCAUGUUGAUGCAUGCGUUACCAGUGAUAUACAUACUAGACGUGCAGUUAGUCCCAAAUUCAACAUUGAACAAAUGAUUUUCAGGAUUUCUCAUUCACAAUCGGAGGACAACACCACCUGCUACCAGAUCUUCAUGUUGAGAAGACAGAAGACGCAUAUACUCAGCUGAGUCAACUGAGUAUCAGACUGUGUGGCAGCAAGACUGGCUGAGUGCUUCAUGAUGGGAUACUUUAGGUCAUUAUGGCAGAGGACUUCCUCCACAGCACAUGACACAUCACGGCUGCAUUCUUUGACGCCGUCGUUCUACAUUUGAUGGCAUCAUUCUGCUGGCAGGCAAUAAAGUUUAAGCGAAACAAGUGAAAAUUAUGAAGUCAACUAUAAUUUGAUAGAAUUCGCUCGCAUUUGGCUUGAACUCUGUAGCCUGGCACAGGCAGACGCAUCCCACGUGUCUACCUGAGGCUGCCUUUCCAUUUUAUGGAGGCCUUGCAUAGUCGCCUGACGACUGGGGAGCAGUCCGAAGGUCAAGAACAUUGUCAACCAGAGUCUCCUCACCGAGGCCCGCAGGCUAAGUCUCCCUCCCAGCCCCGUCGGCAACAGCAAACUGGUUCCCCAAAACCCCAUGGCACACCCAAACAGUCCAGAAGACAGCAUCCUGAACGUAAACGUCUCAGGAACCAGCGGCAGAGCGUCGACUCGGAUGCACCGCCGGAACACAAACAUGAGGCAACGAAAGCAACCGCGGUUUCUAGUUUGUCACCAGACUCGCCUUCCUCAGCAGGUGGCCCCACCCAAUCUAAACCAGAAACCCAGGAAGGCACCCCAAAACAGAAACGUGAGCGCAAGCCUCAGAGACCAGGCAAAUACGUCUGCACUUACUGCGGCCGUGCAUGUGCAAAGCCGAGUGUCCUGCAGAAACAUAUUCGCUCCCACACAGGUGAAAGACCCUAUCCCUGUGCCCCAUGCGGCUUCUCUUUUAAGACCAAGAGUAACUUGUACAAACACCGCAAAUCGCACACCCACAGGGUGAAGGCAGGUCUAGCACUCGGGGAGCCGAGAUCUUUAGAGGAGCAAGUCACUGAAUCAGAAGAUGAAACCAGACAGCUAUCAUCAGCAUCUUCCCUUACAGAAAGGCAAGGCAGUACAGCCUCAAUCAAGAGUCAUGAAACAGACAGGGCCAAAGAUUGCACCGGAGGAAACAGUGACUCCAACGCAGUGAAAAAGAGACUGGCCCUGCGUCUGAGUAGAGGAAAACAUGGUGCUCGAGACUCAUCUGAUGAAAAGACCUCAUCUCUUAUUUUAGGGAGUAAAGGCAGUACAGAAUCAGGCUAUUUCUCUCGCUCUGAAAGUACUGAGCAGACACAGGACAGCCCCCCGAACACAAGUGCCAAAAGCUACGCAGAGAUCAUCCUCGGCAAAUAUGGACGUCUCGGACACCUACAUAGGAUGUCUCGGCACCACAACCAGCAGCCCCCUGGUCAGGAGGACAAAAGCAUCCCGUUCACAGUCCCCAAGAAGCAGGUCAUUGACCAUAUCACCAAACUCAUCACUAUCAACGAGGCAGUGGUUGACACCAGUAAAAUUGACAGUGUGAAACCAAGGAGAUUCUCACUCUCUAGGAAGAAUAGUGCAGAGUCUCAAAAGGGUUCAUCUGUGAAAGAAACCCUAAUUCACAGCCCUAAAGCUGGAGAUCUGGGCUAUAAAAACAGUGGCUCCAUCACCAUGGGAGUUCCGUGUGAAAAAUUUCAUCAUCCAUCCCUAAAUGUAGAGCAGCCAGCUGGCCAAACAUCCACCGCCCCUUUGCUGAGAAGUCACUCAAUGCCGUCUGCAGCUAGUUCAUUCGACGCCUCCAGUGGUGGCCUAAGUAAGUUCCGCCUAAGUCAGUCCUUUGAUGAACGACAGCCUUCAUCCCGUCGUUAUGGGAUGCUAAGACGGCAGCCGGCUAUUGAAAUCCCACUUGGCGCCGAACUUACAAAAGAGGAGCAUGAGGGUUCUCAUUCACUUUACCCCGACAGCGUUGCCACUGUGCCUGACCUCAAGCAAAGCCUACCGCAGCCAUACGAGUGUGAGGCGUGUGGAACUGGAUGCAAAGAUUGGGAGGGUUAUAAGAAACACAAGCAAAGCCUGUGCUUAGCACAUCAUCCCAGAAAUGAGGUGGUAAUUAGUCAAAUGGGGUGCUCACAGCUAAUUAACCACGCAGUCAGAGCAGGAGCUUCAGCAAUGCGCAAGAGAAGGAAAGAGGAGAGUUUUGAAUUUGACGAUCCCUCUUCUCCUUCACUACCCUCUCCUGCCCUCCUGUCAGGACAGUGUAAAGAUGAAAGCAAUGUGGCUUUUGAGGGGCCCAGGAGACCUACACUACAAACCUGCUCUGUAAUACAACACACUAGUUCAUUUGAAAAACAAGAAUCUUUGUGCAAUGAGAGUCAAGUCGCCGAGACAACAAAAAACUCUCCACCUCAUGAGGAAUAUCAACUGGUGCCUCAGAAACAACCCCAGCAGUCAACAAAACUAACAAGUCGGAAACUGGUCCGCCAACACAAUGUAAAGGUUCCAGAAAUACUGGUCACGGAGGAUUCAAAUAUGAGCACAGUGACCUCAAUAGAGCCAAAACAUUCAGAGAAACCUGAUGAAUUCCAGUGGCCACAGAGAAGCCCCUCUCUGGCCCAGCUCCCCAUUGAAAAGCUCCCUCCAAAGAAGAAGCGCUUACGUCUAGCCGAGGCUGCCCAAUCCUCAGGGGAAUCCAGUUUUGACUCUAUAUCCCUGCCACGCAGCCCCAGUCAGGACAGUAGCGCAUCUUACGCAUCCAGUCGUUCCACAUCCUUCGAAGAGUCAAAUAGACCAGACAUGGAGAUAGCGGGAUCAACACCGCUGAGGAGAUCAAGAGCUCCUCACAUGUUGACGGUGCCUGGGGUGCAUCAGCACAGAGAGAUGAGGCGCUCUGCAUCUGAGCAGGCGCCUCAUGACCCACAACCAAGUGUCUUAAUGGCAGAGACUCGCAGUAAGUCUUUUGACUACAGUUGUCUGUCCCCUGAGCGCUCCGCAGUCGGCUGGAGGGAAAGAAGGAAAUGUCUCCUUAUGAGACACACUGCUAUCAAAGAUCCAGAUGAGGAGGAGGAGGAGCAGUGCGCCAAACCGAGCCGUAGUCCCGAACGUGUCACAUCUUCUCAAGCGAGCCCAACUUCUGUGCACUGCAGCAGGUCCCCUACUUCCCCGAUAUCAGGUGACACAGUCGUGCGUAAUCCAGUAAGAUUGCAAUGCAAAGAGAUCUUCUCUCAGUGGAAACUCAGUCAGAAUAUUCAGUUAACAGGCAGCACAGAACUCACAUCUGUAGAUCCUGUAAAAGAAGAGGCCUCACACAUCCAUACAGAGCAGCCCCCUCCUCAAGCAGCACAGCCCUAUCCUACACAUGGACCAUCAGGGGCAGCCAGAGCUCGCUACCUCCCCAUGUCUACUGGACUAAAGCUAGAGAUUCCUCUACUACACGAGGAUUAUUCAGAGGUUCGAGUAAGUCCCCCCCACAUCCAGCACUCUGCCCCUCACAUCACCUCCAGUCUGGAAUUACUAAGGCCAGUCGCAUCUCCAACAGUAGCAGUGCGUCAUCAAACAGACACCCUCACUCUAGCAUGUGCCAUAUACACCACAUUUUCUCAGUCCACCUCCCCCAGGCCCCAGGAGGCGGUCGAUGCUGUUUCACAUGAUAUAGGCAUCCCAACAGCUGACUACAGAAACCAUAGGAACACAAGUCCAGACCUUCAGUUGUGGUCUGACCACGGUUUGAGGAUAUCAGGCUCAGGGGGCAACAAGCGCAUGCUUUCCCCUUCAAGCAGUAUAGAGCUCCUCCCUGAGGCCCAGCAGCAGCAGAAACGAGUAAAAGAAGAAGAAGAGGGGGAGGUGGGACGUGUUGACAAGGCGUCAGAGGACACGUGCAAUCAGGAACUCAAAAGGGAGAAUCAGACAUGUCUACCCAGUGUUUGUUCUCCCAUCACCCAUGUUGGACCAUCAUACCCCAGUCUGCUAUCCAACACCUGUAACAGCUGGUGUUAUUUGAACUACAUUAAACCAAACCCUUCUACUCUGGAUGAACAGGAGCCCUCAGUGUAUUCAUCGUGGUCCACUAGCGGAUACGACCCCAACCCACCUGGCCUCUCCAGCAAGACGGCUCUCUCUCUGCUGCACUGCAAGCAGAGGCUCAGUCCCUCCAUCUACACCAUAUCCCCCAUGUCAGACAGGACAACUGAGUCAAUGGAACAAGAGGACAACAGAAGACCAUGCUCCACUGAGGUCUACAACAGCCGGCCGUACAGCAGAGACCAUGAGGGAACGAGGAAGGAACAGCAGACAGCAGAUGACAACAGGUCAAACAGAAGAGAGGAGAGGAAGGAAGAGAAGAAGAACGAGGAGGAGGAGGAGGAGGAGGAAGAAGUGCAGUCAUGCUCCAGAAAUAAACAACCUCCCGAAGUUUGGAUCUCUGAGAGAGGAUCAAAUGAGAAGCAACCUAUCACGCACGGUGGAGGUGGAGGGAAGUGCCAAUGUGAGGACUGUGGGCUCCACCUUAAAAAUACCACCAGUGUGCUUCAAAAGUGCGCCCAUCGCAUCACAGAAUCGCCGCCAUAUAACUGCAAACACUGCAACCUUUCUCUCGAUGCCAAAGGAAGCCUUUUUGAACACCUGAGAUCUGAGUCGCAUGGAAAAGAAACCUGUUGUCACCCAGGUGAAGGAGUCUGUGAAGACCGUUCACUUCACCCUGAUGAACGAAAAGAUCCUCAAUACUCUGAUCUGGGGAAAAGUCGUCAUGAUGAGGACGACGAUUCAAGGGACAAAGCUGGCCGACGUGAUGAAGACAACAGGUCCAAGGUGGCUGAAAGCUCUCACACUGCCUCUUCUGAUAGUGAGAAACCUCAUCCAGAAGGCCAGCCGAUGGAGCCUGAACCCAGCCGGUCCGUCCCGCUUUCCCCCCAGGUUUCUUCCCAGAAGAUCUCAGCCAGCGCCAGGAGGGCCCUGUUCGCCCGCAGACGCCUUGACGCUUCAGCGUCGGCGUCCUCCGGAGACUCUCAUCCUCCAACUACUCAACUGCUGAUUCCACCCCGUAGCCCAUCACCCGGGCCCAGCCAGUCCCCUGCUCCCCCUUCCUCCCCCUCCCCAUCCAGUUGCCAGGUCUCCACCUCCACUCUGAGACCAGUCUCCCCAGUUAGAGGUCUUUCUCCUAUAAUAGUCCAGUCCCAUGGAUCGGAGUCCUCUGGGCUUCCGGGCUCCCUGGCAGACACCUCUUCUCACCCUAGAGGCCGGCCGUGUGCCGCAAGACUGGAUGAGGUUGGUCUGACCCACAUCAACCCACAUCCCACGCGGCCUCGGGGAGCCCACAACCUCCUGAGUCACCUCCCUCUGCACUCCCAGCAGCCGAGCAGGGCCCCGAGCCUCCUCAUUCCCAUCGGGGGGAUUCACAUGAUCCAGCCCAGGUCCACCCUCCCUCUGUACCGCCUGGUGAGCAGCCCCAUAGCAGCCAGCCCCGCCGCGGGCACAUCCUGGAGACUAAGUGACGCUCCAAAGGUGAGGUUUCCUCCGCUGCAGCGCCAGGAUACUCUCAAAGAGACCAGCAGCCGAGCCAGCCCGCAGGACCCCGAGGCGUCGUCCGGGAGCAGCCGAUCGGACGCUUUACUACACAGAAACAGUCAAGGAUGCUCCAGCGUCCGGCAACCGUCGAGUCCCGGGACAGAGGCGAGGCAUCCGGGGGUCGACGCAGAUGUCACAGAGAGGUGUGUUUACCCCGAGUCCACCCAAGGCCAAAAAAAGGCUCCUUCCUCCCAGACACAACUCUGAUAGGAGGGAGAGUCUGAAGGGACAGUGCAAAAGACUGGAAACCAGAGUUGUGUUGUGAAAACACAGCGCUGGUUCGGAGACGGAAAAAGGCAAGAGCACUUCAGCACCGCUUCUGAAUGACGCUACUAUGUAAUUAUAUUAAUAAUAUAUAUAUAGACACUAUGUUAGAUAUGCAGUAUGUUUUGUAAAUCUUUUUUUACCCUCUUGUUUGAUGUCAUCGGUGUUAAUUUAUUUACGUGCUAUUAUGCAAAUUCUGUACUAUAUGCAAAAGCAGCUGGAAUGAAAAUAGACAAAGUUUUAAUCAGUUUCCCUAUUAACCCUUUGACAGCUCUAAUAUACUAUUGCUGUGUUAAUGUACUGUAUUACCAAAAUGGAUAUAGAAAGGUACCACAAAUAUUUAUUCACCCCGACCAGUAUUUUGAAGUGCAAUUUUAUGUCAAGAUUGUGGUUUGAAAAUGUCAUUCUUAAAGGCUGUGACUAUUAUUAUUAUUAUUAUUAUUAUUAUUAUUAUUAUUAUUAUUAUUAUUUGUCAGUUUUUGUUGUUGCUGUUGUUGUUGUCGUCUUCGUUUGUGUUUCAAAGAAGCAGGGUUUACGAUCACCUCCUUUUCUAAUGUCUUCAGGAAAAGAAGUUUCACAUCAAGACAUUUGGAGUGCACUGACAAAUAAUUUGAUAUCCAGAGGAAAACCUGUUUCGCGUACAUGGUAGCUACGGUGCAGUUUUUUUCAUAAACAGAUACAUGUAUUUUUGUGUUGUUGCUUUUAUAAAUGAUACAAUCACUCUGUCAUUUUCAUGUUUACCAUUAAACUUCUCAUUUUUACAGAUUUAUAUUAAAA